CCAGGGGGGAUCUGGGGCGGGCAUCCCGUGGCGCCGGGCCUCGGGGGCGGGGUCUGAGCGGGGCGGAGUCAGCCGGCUGCGCAGGCAUUGCUCGGUGAUCACGUCGAAGGGUUUAGUAGCUCCGCACGAAGUACGUCAUGGCUUCCAAGAAAGGUCUAGAAACCCAGAGAACCCCCGAGGCGGGGAUGCGGCUGAGGAAGAGAAGAGAGCGGGAGCCGGAAGACCAGAAGCCCCGUGCGAAGGGCCGCGGUUCUUGGGGAAUAUGUGACUCAACCUGCUUCUGGGCAGGGUUGGCCACCGUGCCGUCUCUGCCACCAUGCCACAGCAUUAUCAGGAAUCUCCACCAGCACAAGUUGGGCAAAGCUACCUGGCCAUCUUUCCAGCAGAGUCUUCAACAGGCGUUUUUACGCUCUCUACCUUCUUACCGAGUAUUCCAAAUGGCUGCCCCCUUUGACAGGAGGGUUACAUCCCUGGCCUGGCAUCCGACUCAUCCCAGCACCCUGGCUGUGGGCUCCAAAGGGGGCGAUAUCAUGCUGUGGAACUUUGGCAUAAAGGACACACCCACCUUUAUUAAAGGGAUUGGAGCUGGAGGGAGCAUCACUGGGCUGAAGUUUAACCUUCUCAAUACCAACCAGUUUUUUAUCUCCUCAAUGGAGGGAACAACUAGGCUGCAAGACUUUAAAGGCAACAUUCUCCGGGUUUUUACCAGUUCAAACUCCUGCAACAUCUGGUUUUGCAGCCUGGAUGUGUCUGCCAAAAGUCGAGUGGUGAUCACAGGAGACAACGUGGGAAAUGUGAUCCUGCUGAACAUGGAUGGCAAGGAGCUUUGGAAUUUCAGAAUGCACAAAAAGAAAGUGACCCAUGUGGCUCUGAACCCCUGCUGUGAUUGGUUACUGGCCACAGCCUCUGUAGAUCAAACAGUGAAAAUCUGGGACCUGCGGCAGCUGAAAGGGAAAAGCAGCUUCCUGUACUCACUGCCUCACAAGCAUCCUGUCAGUGCAGCUUGUUUUAGCUCUGAUGGAGCCCAGCUCUUGACUACUGACCAGAAGAAUGAGAUUCGGGUUUACUCUGCCUCCCAGUGGGACUGCCCCCAGAGCCUGAUCCUCCACCCUCACCGUCAUUUCCAGCACCUCACUCCCAUCAAGGCAACCUGGCAUCCUCGGUACAACUUGAUUGUUGUGGGCCGAUACCCAGAUCCUAACUUCAAAAGUUGUAGCCCCUGUGAACUAAGGACAGUAGAUGUGUUCGAUGGAAGCUCUGGGAAGAUGAUGUGUCAGCUCUAUGACUCUGGAUAUUCUGGGAUCAUUUCGCUCAAUGAGUUCAACCCCAUGGGGGACACACUGGCUUCUGCCAUGGGUUAUCACAUUCUCAUCUGGAGCCCAAAGGAAGCUGGACCAUAGAAAAGAAAAUGAGAGGCAAUGAAGAAGGCAUGGGAUAAGCUACUGUUGGCGCUCAUAAGUGGGAAAGUCUUGUGAGAAGCAGAAGCUACUUGUUAAUGGGCCAAAAGUACCCAAGUCUUAAGGUUGGAGCUGUGGCACUAUGGUACUAGAACACAGGCACAUCACUGCUCUGGACUUUGUUCUGGAAAUUUAGGGCAACCCAGCUGCCUUCAAAGUGUCCUUGUUGUGUCUAGCCUGGAGCCAAAUACCUUUCUCCCUUCUGAUGUAUGGUGGCAGAAUAACCACCAUGCUGUAACCAUGUUGUUUGAUUUGUGUUCACUGUUGGCGUGGCCAAUAAAACCAUACUCUUUGUGGACCAACUAAAAAAUUAGACAGAACACCUGGC